UGCUUUUCUCGCAUAAUUUCUCGAAAGCUCGCGUAAUAAGCAUUUGUAUCUGGUACAGUACAUACACGAGCUCAAUCAGAAUUAUUUUAUUACAGUGUCUUUGUUCGAAUAUCAUCGUAUUUUGGUGUCUUGAGAAAGAGUGAAAGUUAUGGUGAAUUUUUUCGCGAUUUUAUUCUAUCGAUGGAAACAUGCCUCAGCUAAAUAAAAUUUUAUACAAAUGCAACCUGCAAACUGGCACGUUGCUUUUAUUGUGGUUAUUUGUGAUAAUUUGCGGAUCUGGAUUGGUUAUUGACAUUUAUCAUAUGUCCGAAGGAUCGCAACCUUGGCCUGAAGAUCUAACCUGGAUUAAUUUCAAAUUCAUUACCGCUUUUAUCUAUAAACUCGGAGUAUUCACAGUAGCCAUCGUGGGACUUUACGGAAUUCAUAGGAACAAACCUCAAUUUUUCACACUCUUCUACUACUUCAACUAUUUCCAAUUAUUGCUGAUAAGCGUCUUCAUUGUGUAUCUAUUCGUGGAUCCUGUUGAGCACAGCAAAGAGUUUAUUCCGGUUAAUAGAUUAGCUAUCGAAGAUCAUAACCGAACAAUCGUAUUAUCAUUGUUACUACUCUUCGGAUUAGGAUUUCAGAUAUAUUUCACUGUAGUGGUCAAGAGUUAUUACGAAGAGAUGAAGGACCGUAGUUCAUCCAAGACUCACAUUUUAAUUUUUUCUUAUCCGGAUCACUAUUACGAUUAUGGUUUAGCUUACGUUAGAUAAAUUAUCAUUUUUUUUCUUUUUUGCGAGUUUGGAAAUUUGUUUAUGAGAUAAGAAAGUUCCUAUGUUUGCAUAAAAGUCCAAUCUUAUUUCUAUAGCUUUUGAUAUCUACUACAUCGUAGAUUAUUUAGGUACCUCUACCUACCGAUACCUGUACUGAGAUCGUUCGAGCUCGAACAAUCAUUUUAUAUUUAUUUCAAUUGUUUCCAUCUAUACCCACCUAUCAUGUUUUUAAUGAGAAUAAAUUUAUUUUUAUUUGAAA